AUGGCUUCAGCGUACGAACUGGAGCCCUGGUGCGCGGCGGACGCUCCUGGCCAUGAGACGAAGGGUCUGGUACCCAUCGUGGCCCACGAGGAGCUGUAUCCGAGCUUCACGACCGAGAAUGAGUUCCCCUUUGCUGUGCAAGGCAAUAUCGACCCGUGGGUGGUGGAUCAGCUGGGCUGGAAUGCUCACAGCGAAUUCGCCAAAAUGGCCGAGACCCAGCGGUACCCGCAGUCGUGGGUGAAGGCUGGUCUGACGAUCCACUCCGCUGGCGGCAAGUGGGAGAACUGGGAGGACUCGAGCGCUGGCUAUAAUCAAGAUCAACUUUAUGCCGCUCCGUUAGCCCCAAAUGCAGAACGACAACGGUGGAAUUCCCUCAUGGCUACUCAAAGAGCCCUCUUCAUGACUCCAUCGGUGCAACAGACAGCCUUUCCAACUUUCCCAGGAUCCCCAAUUUCCGAUCCCUCUGGCACACCGGAAACCAGCCAUGCUUCCUUCGGCCGCUGGGAGACCGACCACGACAGCGAAGACAUGCAAUCUUCUCGAUCUCCAGACACCCCAAAUACAAAUGCAACCAUGUCAGAUAGGUUUGCCUAUGCCUCUUCCUCACAUCAUAUGGAAGAGGAAGAAUACCCGACAACACUAGAAAUGCCAGAUGGAAGUACCCGCAGAACGUCCAACUGGCUGCCGGUAGAUGCAAGUGCCGGGUUCACCAUUGGGGCGGACCAGCUUGGUCCGGCUCAAGAACAACAUGAGAUGCACAACUUUCAUGAGAUGCAGGGGGCUUUCAUCCCAGCAGACCCGAUCGGAUGGACAUACAACCAGUGA